AUGGCGUUUUUCGGGCUAAUCUUUUUCUUCAUUCAUCUAACUCUAACCGCAUCUCAACCUUCCCCCGGUUACUAUCCGAGUUCUAAAGUCUCCACCAUAGACUUCAACCAAGGAUUCAAAAACAAUUGGGGCUCGCAACACCAAACCCUAAAUCAAGGAGAGUUAACUAUCUGGCUCGAUCGAUACUCAGGAAGCGGGUUCAAGUCGUUGAAUUCUUACAACUCGGGUUACUUUGGGGCGAAUAUCAAGCUUCAUCCGGGGUAUACUGCCGGAGUUAUCACUUCACUAUAUUUGUCAAAUAAUGAGGCUUACCCGGGUAAGCAUGACGAGAUAGAUAUAGAGUUUUUGGGCACCACAACAGAUAAACCUUAUGUAUUGCAAACAAAUGUGUUCAUAAGGGGGAGCGGUGAUGGGAAUAUUAUUGGAAGAGAAAAUCAGAUUCAUCUUUGGUUUGAUCCUACUCAGGCUUUUCAUCACUAUGCAAUUCUUUGGAAUCCUUAUGAAAUUAUAUUUUUCGUAGACGAUGUGCCGAUCAGACGGUAUCCGAAGAAGGACGAUUGGACAUUCCCAAACAGGCCUAUGUGGGUAUACGGUUCUAUUUGGGAUGCUUCAUCGUGGGCAACAGAAAAUGGUAAAUACAAAGCUGAUUACAAAUAUGAACCAUUUUAUGGAAGGUAUAGAAACUUCAAAAUGGGUGGUGCACCAUGGGGAUCGCCAUCAGGUCCGGUUGGGUUGAGCCCUCAACAAUAUUCGGCCAUGAGAUGGGUCCAAAGUAACUAUCUUGUGUAUGAUUAUUGUCAUGAUCCGACUAGAGAUCAUACGCAAAUACCGGAGUGCUAA